UAAUCUUUUUAUGUAAACAAGAAAUAGUCUCCUAAACGCUUUUUCAUAACGCAAGUUAAAUUGAAGUGUUCGAGCGUUUGUUUUACAUUGAUUGUGCAACAUGGCGUCAACAUCGCUGUCAGAAAAACAGAGCAGUGAAAAAGAAACAGCACAGAAUCUCAGAGAGACAGAGAGAAGCCCAGUGAAAGGUUCAAAGAAAGAAUCAGCAGCAGACAAUGAAAGAGCCUCUUCGGAACCCUCCACGUCAAGUGUGUCACCAAGCAGCAAGCAAGACUCGGCAGAGAAAAAGAGGAAAUAUGAACCUAGUGAGGCAGAAAUAAAAGCAUAUAAGCAUAAACGAGAAAAACAAGAAGAAGAGAGACUAAAAAUGCAAGUUCUGGUGUCCAAUUUUACAGAGGAGCAGCUAAACAGAUACGAGAUGUUCAGAAGAGCUGCUUUUCCAAGGGCUGCAAUCAAAAGGCUGAUGCAGUCCAUAACUAGGACCAGCGUAUCUCAUAAUGUUGUCAUAGCGAUGGCUGGGAUUGCCAAAGUCUUUGUCGGAGAGGUGGUGGAAGAAGCCCUGGACAUCAUGGAGAAGAAUAAAGAGACUGGACCAAUACAACCCAAACAUUUACGAGAAUCGGUGCGCAGGAUUCGAAAAAGGGACAGUCUGUCUAAGUCCAAAAAGGUUUUACUAAACACGUGAUACCAAGAACUCAGGGACGAAAAAAGUCAGGUGUCAAAAAAGAACUUCUGUGAUGUCUGAAGAAGUGUAGCUUUGUCACAGAUCCAGCAUUCAUGUUUUCUAUUGGCUGGAAAUUCAGUGUUGUUAUGUUGUGAUUUUACUAUACUGCUAUAAUGGUGCUGGCUGUGGUGAAUAUUGAAGUGUACUACACUGUAGUGAGAAGUUCCUACUGCUUUUUGAGGAGGGGGUAGGGGGUGGAGGGAUG